GAGCAUGAAAUUUUGCUCAGUUGAGGUCUGGACAGUGUUAAAGAAGGUUUAUCUAUAAAAAUUAUCAGUAAUUCAUAAUAAUUUAUUUUUUUCGAAAUUGUUCAAAAUGAACAGUUCAAAUGCAUUGCUGUUUGGUAUUUUGAUAUUUCUUUUGACUGUAAUAAGCGUACAGUCUUUAAAAUGUUACCAGUGUGUGGGCUGCAAUGACCCAUUCAAUGAAAAAGAUAGCGCCGUCUCAAUAGAAACGUGUGCGGGAUCAUGUUUUAAGGGCACAUUUAAAGGUGCUGCGGUCAGAGCUUGUUCAUCAUACAAUGAAGGCGACCAGUGUAAAGAAUUGGCUACCGAUGCUUAUUCAUGUUGGUGUACAUCAGAUUUGUGUAACAGUGCGUCUGGAUUCAGCGUCUCAUUUCCUGUCAUAUCAGCUCUUAUCAUGUUUCUAUGGGUGUUCUAAACGAACAGGCGAUUUAUAUACAAAAUAAUAUGCUGUAGUACUGUUUAAGUUAUUGUAUCCUGUAACAGGUGUGUCUUCUUUUCUGUCCUUUUCAGGUAUUUUCUGAGCAGAGCAUUUAAUCUUUUAUGUUAUCACUAGGACAUUCGGAAAGAAAGUGUUUGUAAUAUAUGUCCUAUAGCAACAUAUCUCAAAGCAUGACUGCUUUUAAUGUCGAAACAAAUCGUUUAUGACAUAAUACAUGUAAUAUAAAUCAUUAAUAAAACUUAAAUUGUG